GUGGUGUCCAUGGGCCUGUACGUGGGGGAGAAAGCGUAUCUGAGGAGCAGCUGGAACAUCCUCGAUGGUUUCCUCGUGUUCGUGUCCCUGAUCGACAUCGUGGUGUCCAUGGCGGGCGGAGCCAAGAUCCUCGGGGUUCUCCGGGUUCUCAGGUUGCUUCGGACGCUCCGCCCCCUCAGGGUGAUCAGCAGAGCUCCAGGGCUGAAGCUGGUCGUCGAGACGCUCAUCACGUCCCUCAAGCCCAUCGGCAACAUCGUGCUCAUCUGCUGCGCCUUCUUCAUCAUCUUCGGUAUCCUUGGUGUUCAGCUCUUCAAAGGGAAGUUCUACUACUGCGUGGGUUUCGACGUGAAGAACAUCACCAACAAAUCCGACUGUCUGGCUGCCAACUAUCGAUGGGUGCACCACAAAUACAACUUUGACAACCUCGGACAGGCUCUGAUGUCGCUGUUUGUGUUGGCCUCUAAAGACGGCUGGGUGAACAUCAUGUACCACGGGCUGGACGCAGUGGGCAUAGACCAGCAGCCGUCGACCAACAACAGCCCGUGGAUGCUGCUCUACUUCAUCUCCUUCCUGUUGAUCGUCAGCUUCUUCGUCCUCAACAUGUUCGUGGGCGUGGUGGUGGAGAACUUCCACAAGUGCCGGCAGCACCAGGAGGUGGAGGAGGCCAAGAGACGGGAGGAGAAACGCCAGCGUCGCAUGGAGAAGAAGAGGAGAAAGGCCCAGAAGGUGCCCUACUACGCCUCAUACGGCCAAACACGGCUGGCCAUCCACACUCUGUGUACGAGCCACUACCUGGACCUUACCAUCACCUUCAUCAUCUGCAUCAACGUCAUCACCAUGUCUCUGGAGCACUUCGGCCAGCCAAAGGUGGGCAUGGUGGGGGUGUUAGAGUGA